UAAAUUUGUAAUUAAUGUAACAAAAAUAUUAGAAUAAUGGGAAAAUUAAAAAGUAGUUGAAAUUAGACAAAAAGACUAAGAAAGUUGUAAUUAAUGUUAAUAAAUUAUCAAAAAAUUACAAAAAAAUUAGAGAAAAUUAUCAGAAAAUGUUAAUGCAUUUGAUUAUCAUUAAUUGUAAAUCUUUUUUUUUUUUGAAGAUGUCUGGACAUGGAAUGGGCAAACCGUACAUGAAUAAGAAAAGAAUGGAAGAAAAAACGGAAGGAAGAAUGGAAGGUCGUGCUUGUAGACUUACAGCGACCGAUAGAAAAGAAAAUGAAGAAAAAAAUCCACGUAAGGUUAAGGGGAAGAAGAAGAAGGCGGAAAUAGUGCGUCCCGACGGUCGCCCUACUAUGGGGCAGUUAUCUCUUAGUCGAGGUACUACCUCCACCCCUACUCCUGAGGAUGCGACGCCGUGGGAGGCUAAUUGGAGUGAUUCAGUUUCUAUGGACGACGACGACGAUGAUGAUGAUGAUGUUGAUGAUGUGGCUGUUGAUGAGGUUCGGGAUGCCCCACCUGAAUCUGAUGUAGGCAUCGGUAAGAAGAGACGAGUUGGGACAUCUUCUACAGCUUCUUCGCACUUUCCACAGCGUGGGCUAGAUGGACGCUACGUUGCGAGACGUAGUAGUGAGGAAGACGGUGAUGGUAAGAAGAGGAAGAAGGGAGUAAGGGGGGACAUGUCGUGGCGUUUGACAUCGGAGUCUCAGAUGUGUUCAGGUGGACCUGUGAUCCCUAGCUUUGGAGGUCACAUUGCCUUUGCACUGUGGACUUCCCCAGCACAGGAUCGUGGGUUGUUGGAUUGUUGUCAUAGAUCUGGUACUGUGGAGUCUUUGAGGAGGUAUGAGUGGAGUUCAGAGGGUUCUCAGAAGGUGGUUGAGGGCACAGGAUUGUCCCACUUGGCAGGCUGUAUGAUGCAGCAUUUAGAUACAGCUUUGAUAACGGCAUUUGUGGAGAGAUGGCAGCCGGACACGAACACCUUCCAUAUGCCAUUUGGAGAGAUGUCGAUUCUUCUCCAUGACGUGCAUCACAUUCUUCGUAUUCCAGUUGAGGGGGAGCUGAUGAGAGAUGAUCCGGAUCCAGAUGUUCUUAAGUUAGACAUGCAUGAUCUAGUUCGGGUCCCGGUGGAUGGUCCUGUUGGUGGUAAGUGGAAGUCGAAGUGGUUCCUUAAUGGUGGUAUUCACGCAGAGGGAUUGUUGGUGCGUGGACGAGAAAUGAAGAUUAGGGACUUGGAGGUGCAGACUUACUUGUUUGUGUUGUUGGGAUCCACACUUUUUGUGGAUAAGAGUCGCGAUCGCCUCCGUCCUGCGAUCAAUGUAUUUCUGAAGGACCAGCGACGAGUGGCCGGUUACGCCUGGGGAGCUGCUGCACUCGCCUAUCUCUACAGACAGCUAGGGAUGGCCACACGAGUGGGGAGUAAGAGUAUUUGUGGUUGUUUGACUCUGCUUCAGGUCGGGCUUCAAGCUCUUCUACAACCUCGCGUCUCAUCUGCAACCAAUUGUUUUGGGACCCGGUAAGUGCUUGUGAUAUUGCUCGAAAUCCGCAAUGUCCAUCCGGUUCUGGGUUGAACCAACCACGAAUGUAUGGUUGCACGUAUGUUUCCAAACAAUACAACCACGGGUAACUCCGCCAACCAGUAUUGGGAGUUCUGAUAACCCUCCAAGGGGCACCAUCUGUCCCAAAAUACACAACACAAUGAAUUAAUACAAGAGGU